AUGUAUUCGAACAACACGGGGCCCCAAAUCUUCGACGACGCCGACCGCGCCCCCGCCAGAUCCUCGGUCUUUCGAGCGAUCAUGUCGAGGCCGCAUAAACGAAACCAGUCCGCAGACGAUGCCAUUCCUCCACAAUACAAGAAUAGCAAGCCCACGGGCACUAUUCCAUUUCCAUGGGCCGACAACCCCGAUCUGCCGCCGGGCCACCUCCCUUUGGCAGAGAUAGUACCUAAUUGCGAAACUCGCAGCAACUAUCCGUCCUCGACCAAGUCAGGAAGCAAAGACAACAAAAGAUCACUCCACAAGAAAACAAAAAGCGCCGUGUCGCUCAAGUCAUUGCGGAACUACAUGGAGCGAAAGGAUAACAAGCCGGAAGACAGCCCAGCCAUCCCGGCUGCGCAUCCAGAGCCAAAGAAGACCAAAUCGACCAACAGCCUGUCUGCUAUCCUGAAGCGAUCCCACCGUGGCCGCAAGACGGAUGCCACGCAACAGGGUCGAGACAAGGAGAAUCGAAAUCCCGUCGAUUUGGUCGAAAACAUGCCAUCGCCUGUUUGGCCUCAAGAAAGUGGGUCUUAUGAGGCUAUGAGGUCUGGGUCGCGCCACAAUUUUGGCGCUGAUAGACCACGCAGUAUUGCCGAUGAGGUGGCUUUGUACACGCCCAAUGCCUAUAGCCCCGCUCAGCAGCGCAACUUUUGUGAUUACCAGCAGCCAUCUCUGACUAAACAGGCCGGUACACAGGCACGGAUGGAAUCCGACAUCCCUACUGGAAGCCAGAGAGUAAAGGACAGUGAGAGGCAGCAGCGAACGGCCUCAGGCGGUAGUGAUAACAGCAACGGAAGAGGUGACGGCUCUUCGUUGAAGGGCCAGGCGCUUGACAGAGCCAGGAAGAUGUCAGUCCCGGCGUCUCCAGUAAUGCCUCCAAAGGAACAGGCAAACACAAAGCGACUUUCUCGCGUGCAAGCCGCGAUUUCGGCUUUUAAUGCGAAGGAACGAGAUGCUGAUGUUCAGAAGCAUUUGAGCUCUAAAGAUCUCGAGAGUGAAUUCGAGAAGCUCCUAGACGCGCGCAACAUUCCCCACAAUAUGCGAGACAAAAUGCGGUCCCUAGAUACCAACAUCAAGGCAGAUUUCAUUCAGAAAGAUCGCACGGAGCUUGGAACCCCUGUCAGUGCUGCUGCCCCCGACAGUCGGCGUGGACGAGGCAAAGAAGAGAAAGAUCCUCAGGACCGCAAGGGCUCACGGUCACGCUCCCGAAGCCGGGGCUUUACAUUCGGCCGAGGCUCCUCUUCGCCGGGCAAGAAAGCUCGGCCUGAGAGCGGAUCGUUCCAUCGGCCCAGAUCUGUGGAUCUUUCACAGCCCGUAGGCGUCUACACCACGCUGGGCGGCGCUGUUUCCACCGGAUCACUCGCCGAAGCGGCGGUGGUCGACACGGCGGCCGAUCCGUCUGACUUUGUUCAUUAUCUGAGGGAGAUCCAGAAGCCCGAGAUGAUCGAGGUGGGCAAGUUGCACAAACUGCGACUUCUCUUGCGGAACGAGACCGUGAGCUGGGUGAAUGGAUUCAUCGCAGAAGAAGGCAUGGACGAGAUUGUCCAAUUGAUCUAUCGGAUCAUGAAGAUGGAAUGGAGGGAGGAUCAUGAAGAUACGCUUCUGCAUGAAGCACUGCUGUGUCUGAAGGCGCUUUGCACCACCUCCAUUGCCCUAGCCCAUCUGGACAGCAUUCAAGGCGAGCUCUUCCCAGCUCUCCUCAAGAUGCUUUUCAACGAGGAAAAAAAGGGUCCCAGUGAAUUCACCACAAGGGGCAUUAUCAUCAACUUGCUCUUCACCCACCUUGAGGCACCUCAUCCGCACGAAGCCUCGGCUCAGCGCGCGCAGAGAAUUCUUGCCUGGCUACGGGACCCAUCGCCGGAAGACGCUAGCCAGCCGGUCUCGUUUAUUGCCAACAUCUACCAGUCGCGACCGUACCGAGUAUGGUGCAAAGAAGUCACUAAUGUGACCAAGGAAGUUUUCUGGAUCUUCCUGCAUCACCUGAAUGUCAUCCCCCUCCCUAAAUCAGGACCUCCAUCGGGGGAUUCAUUCACAGAGAAGAAAGUCUCCUCGGACGGUCGUUCCUAUCAAGAGCGCCAUUUCCCUACUCCUCGCCCACCGGUGCCUGCUGCUCCUUAUGUCGGAGGCGUUGAAUGGGACGCGACCAAUUACCUCGCUGCCCAUUUGGAUCUCCUCAAUGGACUGGUUGCUUGCCUGCCCACAACACAAGAACGCAAUCAGCUUCGCUCCGAACUUCGCGCCUCGGGCUUUGAGAAGGUCAUGGGAGGAAGCUUGCGAACGUGCAAGGAGAAAUUUUACUCUGCGGUUCAUGAAUGUCUUCGCACGUGGGUGGCAGCUGCUCUGGAAGAUGGCUGGCCUUACUUGAUGGUGCGCGAGGGUCCGCCUCGUGCGGAAUCUACAUCGCCUACCAAGUCCCCCAAGAAGUCUGCGCCGGGGAGCCCCAAGAAAGGUCUCCUGGACGACAAACCGCCACAACUCAACUUGGCACUUAAUUUCACCGAGUCGCGAGUCUCGGGUCCCUUGGGUCCGUUGGGCCCUUUGACCCCUUCCAGCGAUCUCUCUCGCUGGCUCUGA